CUCUUUGUUCACAUUUUGCGGCAGCUGAGGCGCGCAAGAUGGCGGGGCUUCAGGGUCGCGCGCUGCGGGUCUAACGGCUGGGCGAGGUUAGGCGGGGUUGCCUGCCUGACCCCUGGCCUAGCCGUCCAGGUUGCCCGGUGAGGCUCAAACGCUUGGCUGAGGAAUCCCAACGACGUCAGCGCCCGCGCGUCCGCAACACCACAAAUUCUAAUCCGACCUAUUGGCCGUCGCGGCAACGCUUUAGGCGACCGCGUCCAGAAACAGCAAUCUUGAAUACAAUUGAGAAAAACCGCCGCCAGCCCGCCGCUCGCCGACCGCCGACCGCGGCCACAGCAGCAGCCAUGGACACGAUCAGGAACAUGUUCGCGAGGCCAGACCCUCAGGCCCAAUUCCGAAAAUGCAACGCGCUCCUCCGCAGCAACAUGCGCAAGCUCGACCGCGACAUCGCGGCGAUCAAGCAGACGGAGACCAAGACCAAGAACCUGAUCAUCGCGGCCAACAAGCGGGCGCAGCGCGGGGACCCGUCGCGGCAGAAGCAGGCGCAGCGCGAGGUGCGCGACUUCGCGCGCGAGCUGAUCCGCACGCGCAAGGCCGGCGACCGCCUGGUCACGGGCCGCGCCCAGCUCGCCAGCGUCCAGAUGCAGGUCAGCGAGGCCUUCGCCCUGCGCCGCAUCGAGGGCAGCAUCAAGGCCAGCGUCGGCAUCAUGAAGGACGUCAACUCCCUCAUCCGCCUGCCGCAGUUUGCUCAUACCAUGCAGGAGCUGAGCGUGGAGCUGAUGAAGGCCGGUAUUAUCGAGGAGAUGGUCGGCGAGGCCCUGCCUGAUGAUGCCGACAUGCUUAGUGAGGAGGAGGAGGAGGCUGAGGGCGAGGUUGAUAAGGUCCUUGGUGAGAUCCUCAAGGACCGCAUGGAGACUGCCGGGCCCCUACCCAGCGUACCGCUGCCGCAGCAGCCUCAGCAGCAGGUGCCAGCUCAGAAGCAGCAGCCACAGGCGGAGGAAGAGGAUGAGGAGGAGGAUACCGAAGCCAUGAUGGAUCAGAUGCGGAACCGGUUGGAGGCGCUGAGGAGUUAGAGGUACAGCGGGUAUGUGCCAUAAUACUUUGGGAUGUGGAUUGUGUUGUUGGCCGGAGCGGGACGGACAUUGGGCAUGGCGGCGUUUUGGGCGUUUGGGAUAAUGCUUGUUGGCGAGCUUCGUCACGUACACAUUGCUUGCGAGGGGCUUACACCCGAGUAUAUUGGGGUAUACAGACGGUUUGGUUGCGAAAUAUAGAGCUGUUGCGAACGAGUUAUGCACCCGGUUACAGGAUGGCCAAGUGCUGAGUUGAACAUCACUCUUGGCCGGACUCUGCCCCCUUCAUAUACUGCCGCUGCUAUGAUGGGUCACUAUGCUAAAUAACAUGUCGUCAAUUAAA